AUGGGAGCUUUGUUGGCUUAUCCGAAGAGGACCACCGGCAGCAGCUCGGAUGGAACAGAGGACUCUGACUUCUCCGCCGAUCUCGAGCCCACCGAAAGUGUAGGAGGUGUGCAACGACGUAACAGCAAAAGACUGACGCGCACAUCCCUGCGUCUUAGCCAAAGUACACGAGAAAACUCUAGCAGAGCAAGAAGCACUUCUCCAGUACCAGUGGAGACAUCAGUCUCUUCGUUUUCCUCAAGACGCCGGAGCACACGCAGCCAGCAGGGGGCGACAAAGACCACAGCCAAAAAAUACCCACUACGUCAGGCCAGGUUUUCCGGCUCUGAUACAGAGGUUAACAAUGGCAUAAAGCAGACUGCAGACCAUGAUGAAACCCCUCCCCGCACACCGACCGGCAACGCACCAUCUUCAGAGUCAGAUAUUGAAACCACCAGCCCUGGGAAUGAACUAGUCUCUUCCAGCAAUGAUGUAGUCGUUUCUCAAGAGGAGGACGAGCGGUUGGCAAAGGAGCUUUCGCUUAAAGAGGCUGCUGCUCACGACCUUUCCCACAGGCCCAAACGACGGCGCUUUCACGAAAGCUACAACUUCAACAUGAAGUGUCCAACGCCUGGAUGCAACUCACUAGGUCACCUAACAGGGCGACAUGAGAGACAUUUCUCCAUAUCCGGCUGUCCUCUUUACCACAACCUUUCGGCUGAUGAAUGCAAGGGCAAGGCGUCAACUCGCGAGAAACAGGCCGACGAAAGGAUGCUGUCUCAUCAUCAUGAUGAGAAUAGACACUCCACAAGAAACCAGGCCCCAACAGAACGCCAGCUCCGCUACAAGGAGAAGGUGACUGAGCUGAGGAAGAAGAGAAAUGCCGGCCUCAAUAAAGAAGAGAAGGACAAGUACAUGGAUCAUCGCCAAAGCCAUGGGAUGACCCGGGAGCCCCUGCUUGAGAACAUCACCAGCGACUAUGACCUGGACUUGUUCAGGAAAGCGCAGGCACGUGCCUCGGAGGACCUUGAGAAGCUUCGUCUGGCUGGCCAGGUGUCGGAAGGGAGCAACAUGAUAAAGAUCAUUGUGUUCGGACGCUAUGAAUUGGACACGUGGUACCACUCGCCGUACCCGGAGGAAUACGCCCGCUUGGGGAGGCUGUACAUGUGUGAAUUCUGCCUUAAGUACAUGAAGAGCCAGACCAUCUUACGCAGACAUAUGGCCAAGUGUGUUUGGAAACAUCCUCCAGGUGAUGAAAUCUAUCGAAAAAGCAACAUCUCAGUUUUUGAGGUUGAUGGGAAGAAAAAUAAGAUUUUCUGUCAGAACUUGUGUCUGCUGGCCAAACUCUUUCUAGACCACAAGACGUUGUAUUACGACGUUGAACCUUUCCUCUUUUAUGUCAUGACUGAUGUUGACAACACAGGGUGCCAUCUUGUGGGAUAUUUCUCCAAGGAAAAGAACUCUUUCCUAAACUACAAUGUAUCCUGCAUCCUUACCAUGCCACAAUACAUGAGGCAAGGUUAUGGCAAGAUGCUCAUAGACUUCAGUUACCUGUUGUCGAAGGUUGAGGACAAAGUGGGCUCACCAGAGCGACCCCUAUCCGACCUUGGCCUUAUCAGCUAUCGCAGUUACUGGAAAGAGGUGCUGCUGCGCUACCUGAACAACUUUCAGGGGAAGGAGAUCUCUAUCAAAGAGAUCAGCCAGGAGACAGCAGUGAACCCAGUGGACAUUGUCAGCACUCUGCAGUCGCUCCAGAUGCUGAAAUACUGGAAGGGCAAACACUUGGUUUUAAAACGACAGGAUCUUAUUGAUGACUGGAAAGCGAAAGAGCGCAAACGUGGAAACGGCAAGACCAUCGACCCUACAGCCUUGAAGUGGACACCGCCUAAAGGGACGUAG